CUUAAAACUCUCUCUCUCUCUUUUGUCUGUCUGCUAACUUGUCGGAGCGACAAUGGAGAAACAUCAUUUACUUCUCUCUCUACUCCUUCUCUGUUUCUUCCUUUCUUCCUCUUCAACCUCCGAUUUAGAAGCUCUUCUAACCUUCAAAUCCACCGCAGACUCCACCGGAAAACUCCUCUCAUGGAACACAACCACCGACACGUGCAAAUGGUCCGGAGUCUCCUGCCUCGAAAACCGAGUCACCCGACUCGUCCUCGAGAACCUCGAACUCACCGGGUCAAUCACCCCACUCGCUUCCCUCACCGAGCUCCGAGUUCUCAGCCUCAAACGUAACCGCUUCUCCGGUCAAGUCCCCGACCUCUCAAACCUCACUGCACUAAAGCUACUCUUCUUAUCGGAAAACCAAUUCUCCGGUCCUUUUCCGGCGUCGGUUACUUCACUCUCUCGUCUCUACCGCCUUGACCUCUCCGUCAACAACUUCUCCGGCGAGAUUCCACCGACGUUAACACACUUAACUCAUCUCCUCACUCUCCGGUUAGAAACAAACCGGUUCUCCGGUCAGAUUCCGGACAUUAACCUCCCUGAUCUCCAAGACUUCAACGUCUCCGACAACAAACUCGAAGGUCAGAUACCGAAGUCCUUGUCGGAAUUCCCUAACUCCGUGUUCAGACAAAACCCUUCUCUCUGUGGAGCUCCAUUGCUAAAAAAGUGCAAUAACCCGACUAAACCGGGUCAAGCCGAUGUAGCAAGAGCUACUCCGUUAAACCAACCAGAAACAGUACCAUCGUCUCCAACAUCAGUUUCUAAAGAGGAAGACAAAAGCAACACGGGGAGAAUAAGUACGUUAGCACUCGUGGCUAUCAUCCUCGGAGAUGUUAUUAUCCUAAGCCUCGUGUCUCUCCUUCUCUACUGCUGUUUCUGGAGACAAUACGCUAAAAACAGGAAGAAACAUUCGAAAGUUCUAGAAGGGGAGAAGAUAGUCUACUCCUCAAGUCCUUACCCAACUGCUCAGAAUAAUAACAGUAACAACCAGCAGCAACAAGGUGGUGGUGAGAGGGGUAGAAUGGUCUUUUUCGAGGGGACUAGGCGUUUUGAGCUGGAAGAUCUUCUGCGAGCCUCGGCGGAGAUGCUGGGGAAAGGAGGGUUUGGGACGGCGUACAAGGCGGUGCUUGACGACGGUAACGAGGUGGCGGUGAAGAGGUUGAAAGAUGCGGUGAAUGUGGCUGGGAAGAAGGAGUUUGAGCAGCAGAUGGAGGUUUUGGGGAGGCUGAGGCAUAGUAAUCUUGUGAGCUUGAAAGCUUAUUAUUUUGCUAGAGAAGAGAAGCUUCUUGUCUGUGAGUACAUGCCUAAUGGGAGUCUCUUCUGGCUUCUCCAUGGUAAUCGUGGACCGGGUCGGACCCCACUAGACUGGACCACGCGCCUCAAAAUCGCAGCUGGUGCGGCGCGUGGCAUAUCUUUCAUCCACAACUCAUGCAAAACCCUGAAGCUCACUCACGGCGACAUAAAAUCCACCAACGUCCUCCUCGACGGCUCCGGCAACGCUCGCGUUUCCGAUUUCGGCCUCUCUUUAUUCGCGCCGCCGCAAACCGCCGCUAAAUCCAACGGCUACCGUGCGCCGGAGCUCCUGGACGGUCGUAAACCCACCCAAAAAUCCGACGUCUACUCGUUCGGAGUGUUACUUCUCGAGAUACUCACCGGGAAAUGUCCAAACUUAGUGGAGUCGGGUCACUCCGGCGGGGCGAUGGAUUUACCGAGGUGGGUCCAGUCGGUGGUGAGAGAGGAGUGGACGGCUGAAGUGUUCGAUUUGGAGCUGAUGAGGUAUAAGGAUAUAGAGGAGGAGAUGGUGGGGCUGCUGCAGAUUGCUAUGGCAUGCACUGCUGCGACGGCGGAUCACCGGCCGAAGAUGGGUCACGUGGUGAAGAUGAUAGAGGAGAUACGUGGUGGGGGGUCUGAGACGUCGCCGUGUAACGACGGGAUUAAUUCUGCGGCGGAGUCUUCGCCGUGCUUGUCUGAGGACACGUGUGGUGGGACUACUAGUCGGUAGAGAGAUGUGUGUUACUUAAAAGUUUGUGUAAAUCACGUGACCUGAAUCAUUACAUUUGCUUCGUAACACUUCUAGAGUUGUAGGCUUUUCUUAGUUGUUGUUCUUCUCUUUUAAUUUGUUUUGUAAUAUUUGCUAGUUUCUGUUUAAAUGAUAUUUGCUAGUUUCUGCUUA